AUGUUAGCCACCCUGAAUCGAUUUAUCUCCAAGUUUGCCGAUCGCUGCCGGCCGUUUUAUCAACUUCUGAAGAAGUGGAAGGGGUUUCGAUGGGACGAGAGAUGUGAUGAGGCUUUUCAAGAGCUAAAGGAAUACUUGGCAAAAGCGCCGAGGUUGACAGCCCCGGAGCCCGGGGAGGAUUUGUUUAUGUACCUUGCAGUCACCGAACAUGCCGUAAGUGCUGUCUUGCUAAGGGACCAGGGAGUACAAAUGCCAGUGUAUUACGUAAGCAAAACCUUAGUAGAUGCCGAGACAAGGUACUUGCCUCUUGAGAAGUUAGUUUUAGCCCUGGUGCACGCCACGAGGAAGUUGCCACAUUACUUCCGGGCACACACGGUGUUCGUCCUCACUGAGUAUCCAUUGCAGUCACUGUUAAAGAGAUCUGACUUCACAGGUCGAAUUGCCAAAUGGGGGACUCGGGAGGCCGCGACCGUACGGCUCGCCGAGUAUCAACAGAAGCUGGCCCAAAGAUACAACCGAAAUGUAAAGGGGAGGGAAUUCAGUGCCGGGGAACUAGUGCUAAGGAAGGUUGUGGGGAACAUGCGAGACAUGGCUACAGGGAAGCUUGCUCAAACCUGGGAGGGGCCAUACAGAGUCACAGCCAUCGCGGGUGCAGGGGCCUACUACAUGGAAGACCUUGAUGAGAGGCCGCUUCCCCGACCAUGGAACGCCAACAACUUGAAGAAAUUCUACGCAUGA